AUGGUGGGUUGUUUCUCCUUGAGUGACGUUUGGGAGUUCUAUGCUGAGAAGAGUUUCUAUGGGGCUUCUGUACCAAUACUGUUGAACAAUGGUGAAAGUGUUGUACAAUACUAUGCACCUUCCCUAUCAGCUAUCCAGAUAUAUACUACAAAACCUUGUGAAUCUAUCUCAGUGAGUGUGAGUGUGGGCAAUAAUAAUUCAUCAACUAGGACUUCACAACAUACCACACUGCUAGUUGAUCAUCAUGAGGGACAAUCCAAAAUAAUGGAAGGCCUUGGUCAUCUCUACUUUCAGUUCAACGAGACAUUAGGUCCUUAUGAUAGACUUCCGCUGACUACAAAGAUAAAUGAAUUAGCUGAGGCUCAUCCUGGCUUGACGACAUUCAACAACAUGGAUCUCUCCGCUUAUAGUUGGAUAGCCGUUGCUUGGUAUCCUAUCUAUCCGAUACCAACGACAAAAAUUGUGAAGGAAUUAUCUGCAUGUUUCCUCACUUAUCACCCAUUAUCAUUACCCCUCCAAGAUCUGCCAAGUAGCGUGCCAAAGGAGGAUGAUGAUCUUCGAUGCACUGACUCUUUGGGAAAGAAAUGUGAAGGUGGAACAUCAGGAGGAAAAGUUUCCCUUUCACCAUUUGCAAUGAUGACUUAUAAAAUGUACGGAGAACUUUGGAUGAAUCCCGAGACACCGGGUGGUCAUAAGGAAAGGAUCAUCACUUAUCAAAAUGCUGCACAUUCCUGGUUAAAGCGGCUUGGGUUCAAGCACAAUGACUUCAACUUCUGCAUCUCUCAUUCAUAAUAAUGUUCA